AAUCACAGACAGCUAGAAUUCCGGCUCUGUUAGGCGAGGCUCGCAAUGCGUCCGCCGUCCGCUGUGAAAACCGGCUCUCAGUGCAUUUUGGAUGUGGAAGGCUACAAUGGCUUUGAACACCACACGGCAAAGGAAGAUCUCGACGCCUUGAGGAGAAUACGGUUCCAUGGAAAGCCACGUGACUGCCAUCGAUACUUGGACAUUGGGUGCGGGCCGGGGACCUUCACGAAAGACUACCUCGUUUCCUCAUCCUUGCCCUGCAAGACGAUCCUGGCCAUCGACAAAUCGCCUUCGAUGAUCGACUUCGCGAAGAGAAACUCCGUGCACGACAACGUAGAGUAUCGUGUGUUCGACUUCGGCGGCAGUGACGUCGCGGAGCUGCUGAAUGCGUACGGCCACUUUGAUCGCAUCUAUUCGCUCCUGUGCUUCCAUUACGUCAAAGAUCAGCCCAAAGCCUACAGGGAUAUUGCGCAGCUGCUGACACCGAAUGGCGGAGAGUGCCUUGUGACGUCAGGGGUUGCCUGUGAGCCAGUGGAUGCUUGGCUCCACCUACACCUAAUGGAACGCUGGCGAGAUGUGAUUCCCGACCCAAGGUUACUGUACUCAAAUCAAUUCAGGUUUGACUUCGACAAGAACAUGUCUGACGUGGAAUCGGAAAUGCGAUCAGUGGUCUCAGAAGCCGGGCUGACGUGCAUUGAAUGCUCUGUUUAUGAAACACAAUGGCCGUUCCCUGAUGUCAAAAGCUGUGUCGGUAAGUGUUGAGAGCGCGUUUGAAUUAUUCAAGAGCGUUCCACCCUCGGAUGUCGAUGACGCUAAGAAGGACUGGACGCGCAUCCUUGAUCACUGCUCAGGACAAGGGCCUGGAGCAUUCGCCAUGAAGAUAACGUUGUACUGCGUUCAUGCUCAAUCGCCGGUCACAUGAAUGAGCUGUUCGUGGGGAACAACACGAGCUGAAAAAUUGCAUUUCUUUAAGAAUGCUUACUUGCGGUUCUUUUCUUCGUUC